AUGGAGCUUCUAGCCAUAUUAGGUCUGCUCUGGGCCAUUAGCAAGGCUUCCACGAAGCACAUAAUGGCCAUGGCCGUGCGGACUUUCUUUGAGACUGUAUCGAUAGGCCAGUUCCGGUAUGCCUAUUCCCCCGACACAUCCGCUCGGCUUCUCGAGGCAUGGGCACGUUGCACACACACGACCUUGAAUAAAAUGAAGCAGGCCGUCGCGCUCCUCCAGUAUGUCAUCGAGGACCUUGGAAAGCGGCCGUCCGACAUUGUGCUGCUGGGUGAUUCUGCGGGCGCACAUCUCAUCUUGUCUGUUCUAUCUCAUCUUGCGCAUCCCCAUCCUCACAUUCCUCCCCUACUCUUGCGUGAGAACCUUGCUGGGGCAUUGUUGCUUUCACUGUGGAUGGGCGAGUCUCGGACUGAUUACGACAGCUGCCGGAGAAAUGCUUCGAGGGAUCUUGCCUCACUCAAGUUGCUGAUCCAUUGGGCUGAUAUGUUUCUUGGUGAUACUGAGUUCGAUAAUUAUAACAAGCCCGCCGGUGCACCUGGAGGCUGGUGGCGGGAUUUGCCUGUGGAGGAGAUCUUUAUCGGAGUGGGAGGGCAUGAGAUAUUGUAUGACUCGAUCAUAAAGACUGCUAGGAAGAUUAAGGCAGAACAUACUGGAGUCACCAUUGGUAUUGCGCAUCUUGAAGUCCAUUGCGAGGCCCUUUCGCCUUUCAAUCGGGGAAUGAUGUCGCCGGACCAGUACAGAGCGUUGCUGGCAUGGUUGAAGGGGUCCUUGUGCAAGUGA